AUGGCCCAACCUCAGUACGGCACCGCGCAGUCCAGUCCUGCCGUCUCGUCGACGACGCCCGGCCCGCGGCAGCAAUCGCACGACGACGCCCAGCUGGCCGCCGGAGCACCGGCAACGACGGCGGCGGCGGCGGCGGCAGCGGCGGCGGCGGCAGCAGCUGCCCAGCACAAGCGUGUCUACCAGGCCUGCAUUCCCUGCCGCCGCCGCAAGGUGCGCUGCGAUCUCGGGAGCGUCGACAACCCGCACGAUCCGCCGUGCGUCCGCUGUCGCCGCGAGAGCAAGGAGUGCUUCUUCAGUGCCACCCGUCGCAAACGCAAGACCGACGACGUCGAGGGCAGCGACGUGGACGAGUACAUCAUCCGGAAUGGUCGCAAGAGAGCCCAUGGCUCCGCCACCUCGCCUCCGCCCCUCCUGGACCGUCGCUAUUACAGCGAAGUGCCCUUGACCCCGGGCGGAUCCCACGGCAGGAGCCAGCCGCUGAGGCGGCCCGAGGGCAGCGCGUCCAGGGAUGGCGGAAACGGGGACUUUGAUGGGGAGGGCGAUGCGAAUCAGCAGCUCGAGAACCUCGAGGCUCAGACGCUCAUGCGUCGCGAGAUGUACGGGCCCCACGAUGCCCUCGAUCUGCUCUACAAGGCGGCGACGGAUAGCCCGGCCACUCACCACAGGCGAGAGGGCAGCACGACCCCCGUCACCACAGCCCCCCCCCUCCAGCCGACCCCCAAAGCACCCGCGGCGACGAGGGAACCUGCUCGGCUGACGUCCAUGUCCAUAAAGCUGGAGCACCAGCAGCAUCAGCACCAGCAGCAUGCCAUGCGUCAGCCCAUCGAUCCCGAGCUGGCGCGGCAGCCUGGUAGCAGGGCAACCCCCGGAUACAUCAGCGCCCUGAAGGCCUGGAGCCGCUUCCGCUUCGUCCGUGCAGGCUGGUUCACUGCGCAGGAAGCCAUCGAGUACAUCGACUACUACUACAAAUACCUUUCACCCAUGACGCCCAUAUCUCCUCCGACCUUCAGCGACCCCACCUCGCACAUCACUCUUCUGACGGAGGAGCCGAUCCUGACGGUGACCUUGCUCACCAUUUCUUCGAGAUAUCGCCAAAUGCCCGGCACUGGUGGCCACUGCCGGUCCCACGCGAUCCCCGACCAGCUCUGGAACUACCUCCGAGGCAUGAUCGAACGAUGUCUGUGGGGUCAGGAAGCCUUUGGCGGUGGCUUUUGCGGCUCAGGGGGCUCGUCCGCCAUCAUCAUGGACGAGUCGGAUUCGAACACCACCGCUCCCUGGCGAGGCAUGCGCAAGGGUAGCCUGAGGACGCUCGGCACCAUCGAGUCGUUGUUGAUCCUCACCGAGUGGCACCCGCGUGCCUUGCACUUCCCCCCGCAGGAGGCGACCGACGAGUUGAUGCUGCCCGAUUUCGACGUGACGCCGGGCAUGACCGACACCGAUCCGACCAGAAACGUCGGCGCCGGCUUCGGCGGGAAGAGGAUCGAGAGCUGGCUUGAGCCGGCCUGGAGGAGCGACCGCAUGUGUUGGAUGCUUCUCAGCACCGCCAUGGGCUUGGCCUACGAGCUUGGCGUGUUCGACGACAUUGACGAGCUUCUCAAGGACGACGCCCUCGCUCGACCCGAGUUCCAGGAUGAAGGCUACCGGACGAGGGCAAACCGCAUCAAGAGGCUGCUGCUCAUCUACACUUCCCAGCUCGCUGGACGCCUCGGCUGGACGAGCAUGACCCCCGAGCACUUUCGCAAGAACGACCCGGCCGUCGCUCGACGGCGGACAAUGUCCAGCGACGGGGCGACGCCGAGCACGUCGUCUUUGGCGAAUGGCUUCAACUACGUGCCCGACCUGGAGCUGGAUGACCAGAUAAUCCAUUGCUGGGCGGGCAUCAGCAACGCGAUGCAUCUCGGAAACGAAAAGCUGUUCCGAUCGCGGAAGCACACGACCGAAAUCAUCCAGAGCGGCAAGUACGUCGAACUUCUCGGUGAGUUUGGUCCCAUGCUUCGGGACUGGUACCGGGAAUUUGAGCUCUUCCGGCUCCCUCCCUUCAUUCGACACAUCCUCACCAUCGAGUACGAGUACGUCCGGAUCUACGUCAACUCGUUAUCGCUGCAGGCGGUUGUCGAAAGAUGCACCAAUAAUGCCGGGCAGACGGCCGCGGCCGCCAGCGGGGAUGGACAGACGGCCAACCAGCAACUGUCACCCCAAACGAUGAUCACGUUCGGAAAGCUGCCCCUGGGACAGCUCGGCGGCUUCACCGUCCACGACCAGGAAUACGUUCGAGAGGUCGUCGACGGCUGCAGGAACUUGCUCCGGACCGUCGUCCAGGGCCUGCUUCCCGGAGGAUACCUCAAGCAUGCACCCGUGCGAACCUAUUUCCGCAUCAUCAGCGGUGCCAUGUUCCUCCUCAAAACCUUUGCGCUGGGAGCGCCGCGAUCCGACGUCAAGAUGAGCAUCGAUCUCAUGGACGCAACCGUCGAAGCGCUGCGAAACUGUGUCGUGGACGACGUGCAUCUCGGCAUCCGGUUCGCGGACCUGCUCGAGACGCUGACGAGCAGGUUGAGGACCCGCUUCAUUCAAGCGCCGACAAUGCAACCGUCUUCGGGUAGAGCGCAGAGUCCCGCGCCCGAAGGACUCGGGGUCUCAGGUUUGCCGAACGGCGAGAGCGCCACGAAUUGGGUUGGCGGUCACGCCCAAAAGCUGCGAGAAACCCUGAACGGACAAUAUCGGACGGGAUCCCCCACUGCCGAAGGGAACAAUAUCUCCGCUACACCAUUCGACCUUUCUACCGGAAACUUCCCGUACCCCGGCGCUUCCUCCAUUGGGCCCUCGACGCCGGCAGCUCAUGUCGACAGCAACCAGCCCCCGGCCCAGGGCACCAGCACUUACAUCCAUUUGCUUGAGGAAUGGAAUAACCCCGGGAAUGAGAUGUGGUACCUGCCACCCGGGCCAGCUUUUUUCCAGAAUAUGGAAAACAGCUCGGUCGCCAUGACGGCCGAGGGCAUUAACGUGGGCGGGUUGGAUUUGCUUGAGUAUAUGGCCAUGGAUCCUGUACAAUUUUCCGGCAUGGAAGGCCCGGUGCCUGCUGUCGAGAGCACCAACGGCAAUGGAGGAGCCAGCGGUGCUGUCUGA